AAGACCUGCGACUGGUCAAAUGUCGACAUAAUUAAUAAGAUCCUCUAUUCGAAAUCACUUCUCAGCGCGCUCAGUAGAUCGAGACCCGAGCUCUGAAUAGAAGUUGCAGAAAUGGCCCGACUUGUUGUACUCCUUUUAGCCGUCGUUGUGUGCGUCAGCGCAAAAUCUUUUAAAGAAAAGAGAGGCGCCAUCCCUUGUGGAUACCAAUGCACCGCCCCAAUGUGUGCACCAGCCUGUCCAACUUACUGCUGUGCUCCUCCACCACCACCCCCUCCCCCACCACAGCAGAUUCACCACACCACCCACAUCCACCAUCACCACGUUCACCAUAUGGGACCUCAGGCUCCAGCUAUGCCUGCUCCUCCUCAGCCAGCUCCUCCUCCAGCCACCGUUCAGAGCCAGCAGCACGUAUGGGAAUACAUGCCACCACCGCCACCCUGCCCAUGCCCAAUGCCAGCUCCUCCCCCAAUAGUCGUGCCUGCCCCACCGUGCCCACCACCCUGCCCACCAACAUGCUGCACCCCCGCCCCAGUCUGCCCACCAGCCUGUCCACCUAUGUGCUGCAAGAAGCGAUCAUCAUAAGUUGUCGGCCGUGUACAUACAAGGACAGUGACUGCGAACCAGAUGUUGUGAUAUAUGGGGUUGUUUUAUGAUGUAUCUUUAUGUCGUCGGCGGUGAACUCUGCUUCGCCAGGAAAACGACCGAAUGGAAAUCCGUUACGUUGACGUAAUAGUAACAUCUAUUUACGGACGUUUUGUAGAAUAUUUUGCGUUCUAGUGACAAAUUUGUGUACUCGCUCCUUUAUGAAGCUUAAAGUUCCCGUCAGAAUUCAAAUAACUAAAUAAAAUGUUGUUAAUGAGAAACGUA